AUGCCUUCCGAAGGCUUGACUCGAAACGUCCUUGCCUGCCCGCCUCCUGCACCGCUCUGUCCCAUGCUGCGGGAACUCGGGCUUGCAGGAAUCACUGGUAACGCCACCCGGAUCCCGGGUGAAUGGCUCCCGACCAUGCUCGACAUGCUCUUAGGAGAAAACCUCGAUACUUUCUAUCUGACGGUUGAUCAACUUAACGCUCCACUAUCGGUCCCCCCGUCGCGGAUCGUUAACGCGUGUCCACAUUUGCAAACUCUGGGAUUGCACUUUCUUUCAGCAGCAGAUGGGCAGUUGGGCACCCUCUUCGAUGCGUUUCUCUCGCAUACGUACCUCAGUACCAUCGAUCUUCUCGCCUGCGAUAUUCCUGUACAAGUCCCGGAAUCGCUUUCGCGCCUUCCCCACCUCAAGAAGCUCAGUAUGAUGGAUCUGUCGGCGAUCUGCAACCAUUCUACUCCCAACUAUUCACCGGAUAGCUUCCCUGCUUUGACCUCGCUUGUCUUGGGUGGCAGCGGGAUGCAUCCUACAACCCUUCACACCAUGAUGGGCGCAUGGUCGACGCGCCGUCCGCUGCAAAGCGUUGUCCUACAGACUACCAAUAGCAGGACUGAUAUGCAGGGCUGGAAGCUUCAGCAUACGACCGAAUGUAUCCAACAGCACUGCGAUCACGCGUCUCUACGCAAGAUCAUCAUCCACUCCCCAGAACCCUCCGGAGCCGACCUCGACAGACACGAUAUAUCUGCCAUGUCGCCCUUUCGUAACUUGGCCACCCUGCGAAUCAACCUCAUCGAUGGGAGAUGCGCGCUCACAGACGAUGAUGUCGCUGCCAUGGCAUCCUGGUGGCCGCUCAUAGAGGAGCUGUGCAUCAUGCCCGACAAGACCUCUGACCUCGGCAUACUCCCCACAUUGUCGUCCUUGUCGUCCCUCGCGCGCGGCUGCUCCCGUCUGCACACCCUGGAGUUGCCCUUUAGCGCCCAGCUCAUUCCGCCGGUGGUCGCAUCUCAGCAGAGUCUGACGAAAAUGUCGAUUAUGUGGUAUGCUCCUAUCGAGGACUCGGAUGGGGUGCUUCAGUUCCUGCGCUCUACCUUCCCAAAGCUGCGGAGCAUGCGCUUCGGCGGAUACAGUGGGAGAAUCAUGUAUCUGGAUGGCACGUUUCCCAGAAGUAGGGCGUGGGAGAGCGUAUGGCACUCUGAAGAAGCUGAUCUUUGCCGCAUCGCAAGAGUGUCCAAGGAUUGGCUCAACUGCGCGAAUCCACUGAUUUGGGAACGCAUCCCGGACAUUGGUCAUCUCCUCGCACUUUUGCCUGCAGCUUCCCUCCCCAAGAAAGUCAGGAGAGGAUCGAAAACACUAACUCUUAGUCGUCCACUCGAACAGGACGACUGGGCCCCGGUCUCCCGACUCGCACGCUUCGUCCGUUAUGUUCCACAGGUGAUGAAUGGAGCGUACCGCAUUGUCCUCGAUGAUGGAGUCGCUGCAAGUGUCGUCGCUUGUCCGCCCGCCGCUCCUCUCUGUCCGUCGAUGCGGGAACUAACCGUGAACGCACGGUACUUCGCCGAAGCGGACGAGCUCCGCUGCAUUCUCGGUAUGUUCCUUGCCAGAGGGACAGUCAGCCUAUCUCUCUUUGGACGUCCAUACUCUGCACUGCACGCCGACCCGCAGCAAAUCAUCGGCACAAGCCCUCACCUGCGAACCUUGAAAUUGCAAUUCUUCGAAGCAGGCGAUGGUCGAGUGGCAGCCUUCAUUGACGCUCUCCACGCCCACCAGAGCCUGACAAACCUGGACCUGAUGCUUUCUGAAGACUUGGUGCAGGUCCUCGAUUCUCUAGCCCGUAUGCCUCGCCUUUGGACGCUCAAGUUGAUGAGGUAUCACGACAGUGAAGGAUAUCCUACCCAUAUCUCACUCCCUUCCGGCGCCUUCCCAUGCCUGCGUUCCUUCACUCUAUACGGGGGCAUAUAUCUCACCACCUUGCACACGAUGAUGAAUGCCUGGGGCGUAAAACCUUUGCUUACACUUCGUCUCAACAAGAUCAGACGUCCACCGGGGAUGGCGCUGUUAGCCACAACCGAACGCAUCCAACGACACUGCGAGCAUGCGAGCCUGGUCCACCUCAAGAUCCACUGCACUUUGGGGACCGAGAACACUCGCCUUCAACUCUCCUUCGGCGAUCUGUUCCCAUUGUCGUCCUUUCGUCAAUUGGCCACCCUCGAGAUCGAGCUGGACGAGGACGGAAAUUCACUCACCGACGACGAUGUGAUCGCUAUGGCAUCCUGGUGGCCUUUCCUAGAGGUUCUUCAGAUCUGUCUCCAUCAUACCCGUGAUGAUGGCCCGCUUCCUACGUUGGCUUCCCUGUCGGCCCUCGCACGCGCGUGCCCUCACCUUCAUAAACUGGAACUUCCUAUCAACGCGUCGUUGGUUCCCCCUGUAGCUUCCUCCCAGCAGAGCCUGGUCGAGUUGCGCUUCAUGUGGUAUGCGCCCAUCGGGAACCAGGACGAAGUGGUCCAGUUCCUACACUCAACCUUUCCGAAUCUACGGGAACUGAUCCCUGACUACGGUGUGUAUCAUGGGAGGCAAAUUCUGGACGACACCGCGACCCCAACAGGGGAUGCAUGGGAGAGGGUCGCGAACCGUCUAGCAGAACUCACCGCAUGA